UCGCUUAGUAACCGUUUAGGCUGGAGAGGAGCUGGGUGGCAGCUACAACUCUCUGCCAACUCUUUUAACAUCACCUAGAGCACUGAUUUCUCCUCGGAUAUUCUUAGCAGUUUCUCUCUGGACUGCAGUUCCUCUCCAGCUUAGUCCCAUAAAGCCUCGACUCAAACCCAUCUUCAAGUUCAGAAACUUCAGCUACAACCCAGAUUUUUUUUCGGUUGGUGGCUGCACCCCUCAGUCUUCUGUCCAGCUCCAGCUGGGAUCCUUCUUGCUUUCAAAUAAAGAAGGCAGUCCAGCCUCUCAAGCUGGACGAAGAAGAGACUGUCAGGGCCGGGAGGCCAGAUGAGGGCCCGGCCUUCGUGCUGCGACACAGAAACUCUAACCUCACAGAAAAUGCCACAAACUGCUCACCUGCAGGUCCCAUGAGUCCACAGGAGAAAAACACACCCAACACCUCAGGCUCUUCAACCAGUCACCUCAGCACCGCAGAGUGCCCCUCACACCAUGGCUCUGUCCCCGAGUGCCAUGAAGAGGAUGACAGAGGAGGAGAGGAGAGGGAUCAGAGUGAGGAUGAGAGAAGCAGCGACGAAGGCUUCAUGGCAAGAACUCCGUUGCUGCAAGCUCACCACGCCAUGGAAAGGAUGGAGGAGUUUGUACAUAAGAUGUGGGAGGGUAGGUGGCGCGUCAUCCCUCACGACGUGCUCCCGGAUUGGCUGAAAGACAACGACUUCCUGCUUCACGGCCACAGACCACCGAUGCCUUCAUUUCGCGCCUGCUUUAAGAGCAUCUUCAGAAUCCACACAGAGACGGGGAACAUUUGGACGCACCUGCUAGGCUGUUUGUUCUUCCUCUGCCUGGGUCUCAUGUACAUGUUCAGACCCAACAUGUCUUUUGUGGCUCCACUCCAAGAGAAGGUAGUAAUUGGGAUGUUUUUCCUCGGAGCCAUCCUCUGCCUCUCCUUCUCCUGGCUUUUCCACACAGUCUACUGUCACUCGGAGGGCGUGUCCAGAAUCUUUUCCAAAUUGGACUACAGUGGGAUUGCCUUCCUGAUCAUGGGCUCCUUCGUCCCCUGGUUGUACUAUUCUUUCUACUGCUCGCCUCAGCCCUGCUUCAUCUACCUGAUAAUUGUGUGUGUCCUGGGUCUGGCUGCCAUCACAGUUUCACAGUGUGACUUUUUUGCUACUCCACAGUACAGAGGUGUCAGAGCAGGAGUGUUUGUAGGUUUGGGUUUGAGCGGCGUGGUUCCCACCCUUCACUUUGUCAUCAGCGAGGGUCUGAUCAAAGCCACUACCAUCGGUCAGAUGGGCUGGCUGUUUCUCAUGGCGAUGCUCUACAUCACCGGCGCCUGUUUGUACGCUGCUCGCAUCCCAGAGAGGUUCUUCCCUGGCAAGUGUGACAUCUGGUUCCACUCCCACCAGCUGUUCCACAUCCUGGUAGUCGCAGGGGCUUUCGUCCAUUUUCACGGCGUCUCUAACUUGCAGGAGUUUCGGUAUACUGCAGGAGGCGGCUGCACUGAGAAUGGCAUGCUUUAACACACACAUAAACACACUCUGACUCACUCAUUCACUGACAGUAUACGAGACGGCACUGGCUCAUAUAAUAUGCACAGACCCUCACUCACUUCUCAGACAGAAGCGUACACAGAUCCCAUCGCUGCAACCGAAGACCACAGUGGCUUGCCCCCCAGGGGGCGCUGUUAAUCUGAGACAAAAAAUUAGCUUGUUCUCAUUUUGUCUGAGUUUUUCUACACCAACCACUUCUGGCUCUGUUUCUAUGGCUCAAACAUUUCUUCUACCGCAGCCUGUUGUGCUAAGCAGGUUGGGACGGAACGGGAGGUUAAAAACUCCUCUUUGUGUUUGCAUUGAUCUGAUUCUUGGAUUAAUGAACCAACUUCACAAGCAUUUUGGGUGGUGUGUUUUUUUCCCCUCUCCAUUGGUGAAUGCUGUUUUUCUGAGUCACUUUCUGAUGAGGUUUGAAAACAUUUGAGUGAAAAAGGCCUUCAGAGUUCUUCCUUUAUUAAGCUUUGUAAGUUAAGAUGGAUGGGACAAAAGGUUCAUAGUCUCUUUUAAUUAAAAAAAAUGUAAAUAAGAUUUCUAAACGUUUGGUUAUAGAUUUGUAUGAAAUUUAUAAAAAAAAUGACAAAAAACAUGUUAUAAAAUAAGAAUAAAUCAAUAUGUUACAUGAUAAUUAAAGUGGGGUAGGGGUGUCCACCCGUACGGUGGCAGGGAAAUGAAUAUGGCGGUGGUGGGAUUUCUUUCUCACAGCUUUAGAUUGUUUUUAAGUAAUUGAGAUUUGCAGGAAAAUUGACAAAACAUUAGCAAAAUAUUAGCAAUUGAUAUUUUGUCGCAGUUGUUUAGGGGUCACAUUUCUGGUUAAAUAAACAUUGACAAGUAGACCACUGAAUUUCUGUCUGAGCCUUGAAUACUGAUCCAAAAUCUUGAAACAAAAAUACAAGCAUAACAACAAAAGACAAAAACCAAUCUUUAUAUGUAGCGGCUUUAAUUCGUCCUUAUACUGUUAAAUUAUCUAUAGAAAUGUAAAUCUUAUUUCUGUUCUACCCAUAUAAAAUUAUUUUUUCUACACCCUCCUCUAAAUGAUUUAUUAAAACAUAUUAAGCCUACCCAGGAUAUUUUUAUAAGCAAUGCCUCGAUCAUAUCUAUUAUUUUUUUAUAAUUGCGAUCAAACUGCAGUCUCCUUAAAUACAGAUGCAGUUUGUUUUAAUCCUCAUCCUGAGUUUCUCUCAUUAAGGAUGAGGAUCAUUUCUUCUUGAAAAUGUUUUUUCAUUUAGAAUUUGUUUUUCUUUUGCGUUUUAUGUAUCCACUUUAAUGCAGGCUUUACUUUCAGGUUAUUUAUUUUCUUUGUUAGAUCGUAAUAAACACUUGGUGACCAAAGACAAAGUCACUUAUAAACAGCUAUGUUUAAUAUGACGUUAUCUUUUAAAAAGCUCCUGCUUCUUUAAGGGCUCGUGGUUAGUCUCAGAUGUUGAGACGACACUUGGUGAUUGAUAAAAAGUGAACUUUUCCAAUUCAAGUUUUCAGGUAAUACCAAAUUUUUACAUAUGCAUAAAAAAAGAAUCUUUUUUGGGCUUUUGUUCUGAAUUAUGUCUCAAUUAUUGUUUGAAAUUUAGGUUUGCUAGUUCUUAAUCAGCAAGUUGAGUGAUCUGCUUUCUCUUCUCUGCAUUAUAUAUUUUAUAAAAGAAGAAAAAGAUCUUGCUUUGUUCUAUUGUUUUUCUUCUCUCAUUUUCUGUUUGUUUUAUCAAUCUUAAUUUAUUUCUCUUGCAGAGAGCAUAUUGUCUGUUGAAGCACAUAUUCCAUUCUGAUGGGAGUGUUUGAUUUGCAAUAGACCUUUAUAUCUGCUGUAUUGUUCUAAUAAAAAGAUUUUUUGAACUCGA